AUGGCUGCCCGGCUGGCUGCAUGGGGCGGGGAACCGGCUGCCCCCGCCCUGCCCUCCGCUCCAUUGGCUGCCCGGCCCCCGAGCCCACCCCGGGAAGCAGCGGCCUCCGCCUCCGCUCCGCCCCGGCACAUCUGGAGCUCGCAGUCCAGAGCCACGCAAGCCGAUGGGCAGGCCUCUUGCCCAGUUCACGAGCGGGGCCCUCGGUCUCCAGCUGCCGUAGGCAAGAGCCUGCAGCGGGUAGUGCAAGGCGGGCUGGGCGCCCUGUACCUCCACCUGCUCUCGUUGCGGGUGGGUCUGCUGGGUUGGUACUUCUGCCUCAAACAGAUCCAGUGGGACCUGCUGCACUGGAUCCACUCCUCCUUGGAGUUGGCCAUCGAUUUCUGCUUCUUCUGGGCUCAGAACGUCCUCCUGGCUUGCAUGAUGGGGCUACUGCUGGCCUGGAAAGUUCACAACGGAGCGAAGAAACAAGGCUGGGCAGCGCUCCUACGAGGCUUGGCCUUGGAAGCACAGCUCGCCCGUGGUUUGUCCUUGCUGAAGCGUUGCUUCUGGAACCUGGGGCGCCUCGUGACCCACGUGACGUGGCUGCCGGCGUGCGGCUUUACUUGGAUGAUCUUCUGCGUCUCUCGGACCCUGGCCAUCAGCUACAAGCAUGCCUCCAGGAUGGCACAAGACGAGGACGAGGCGGACGGAGAGGGAGAGACAUGACCGUGCCGUG